AUGUCAACUAUCAGUAUUCCAGUUACAGCUACUUUUGCAGGUAUUCUUGGUGUUGUAUAUACCGCACUUAACUUGAAUGUCGUCAAGGUUAGAUUUGGCAGUCGUGUGUUGAUUGGAGACGGUUCAUUGGAGCUUCUCAGAGAGGUUGCCCACAAAAAGGAAGGAACCACUGUCGAUUUCAAAAAGUUCAACAAACUUAUGUCUGCAGUCAGAGCACAUGCCAACUUUAUUGAAUACGUACCAAUUCAAUUGAUCCUAGCUGCACUCUUGGAGCUCCAAGGUGUCGAUAAGCUCAAGCUCAAGGUUCUACUUAGUGUAUUCACUUUGAGCAGAUUAUUACACACAACCGGAAUUACCAAAUCCAAUUUCCUUGGUGCUGGAAGACCAAUCGGUACUUUUACUACCUUUGGAACUAUUUUAAUCUCUGCAAUUGCCAACAUCUAUGUUUCCUACCCUGCCUUCAGAAAAUAA